UCGUCGUCGUCGUCGCCGCCGCCGUCGUCGCCAUCGCCGUCGCCCCCCGCCUCGCCGGAGCCGGAGCUGGUGCAGCUGAGGCGCCAAGUGGAGCGCCUGGAGCAGGAGCUGCGGACCUGCCGGCGCCAGGUGCGGGACAUCGAGAGGGUCCUCGGCCGCACCCAGCGGCUCUACCAGGGCGCCGAGGCCUGCAACCAGGAGCUCCGCACGCAGGUUGAAGAACUCAGUAAAGAAAUCCAUUACAGGAAAAAGAGGGAGAAAAACAAGUCUGAUGUAGAAGUACAAACAGAAAACUAUGCACCUUGGCCAACUUCAGAUUAUUAUUAUCAGACAUACUAUAAAAAUAUCAUCCCUCAAAAUAAGGUGUCUGAGUUCCCUGCCCAGCAAGAUCAAGGAAGUGAAGCUUCCCAUGUCAAUUGCACAGACCAGUCACAGACAGAGUGUGAAACUACUAGCACUGGCACUGAGACCACAGAAAAUGUUAACUAUGGACAACAGGAUAAUUUUACCUCAGAUUCACAGGAACCAGAAGGCACAUCAUUAGCAGCAGACGAUGCCACUUUAGAUGGCCCAUCGUUAGCAGAAAGUUUAAGAGCUGCAGCAGAAGCUGCUGUGUCACAAACUGGGUUUACGUAUGAUGAAAAUACCGGAUUGUAUUACGACCACAGCACGGGCUUCUACUAUGACUCAGAAAACCAACUGUAUUACGAUCCUGCUACAGGAAUUUACUACUACUGCGAUGUCGAAAGUGGUCGCUAUCAGUUUCACUCCAGAGUAGAUCUGCAGUCCUACCAGAGUUCCACCCCACAACACAGUAAAGAGAAGAAGGGAAAGAAAAAGAGAAAAGAUCCAGAUGGCUUUCCAGCAAAUGAUGAAAAGGAUUUGGAGCUGGAGGAGCAGAAAGCAUCCACCAAUUUGAAUUGCCUGAGCGCCGGUAAUGAACAGAUAAGUUCCGUCGAUGGGGAAGAGUCUGAAAACGUGAAAAAGAAAGCCAAAGUGGAUGUUCAUAGUAAGGACAGGCGGUUAAAAUUUACUGACUUGGGAAGAAGGAAUAACCUAAAAUCCCGCCUUAAUGAGAGUGUCUACAACACCGCACUGUAUAAAGAUGACAAGAUCCUAAUGACGGACAGUGAGCCGGAAGAGGGUGAAAUUACAGACUCCGAGAGUGACGAGAGCAGCGAUGAUGAGGUUACCAGUGAGGACAGUACAACCUCAGAAGAAACCGAGGAUGAAGAGGAAGAAAAAAUUUGGCCUCCUUGUAUUAGAGUAAUCGUGAUUAGAUCACCAGUAUUACAGACAGGAUCUCUUUUUAUCAUCACAGCUGUACACCCUGCUACAAUUGGAAGAGAAAAAGAUAUGGCACAUACCCUCCGAAUUCCUGAAGUUGGUGUCAGUAAGUUUCAUGCCGAAGUUUAUUUUGACCAUGAGUUGCAGAGUUAUGUUCUUGUGGACCAAGGCAGUCAGAACGGCACAAUUGUCAAUGGAAAGCAGAUCCUUCAGCCCAAAACAAAAUGUGACCCCUAUAUCCUGGAGCACGGGGACGAGGUGAAAAUUGGCGAAACGGUGCUGUCCUUCCAUAUCCACCCAGGCAGUGACACCUGUGAUGGAUGUGAGCCAGGGCAGGUGAGAGCACACCUCCGCCUGGAUAAGAAAGACGAAUCAUCUGUUAGUCCUGCACUGAGCAAAGAGGAAAGAGAAUUAGUAAGAAGAAAAGCAUUAAGGAAAAUCCGAGUAAAAUACGGCUUGCAGAAUACCGAUUAUGAAGAUGAAAAGGCACUGAAGAAUCCAAAGUAUAGAGACCGAGCAGGAAAACGCAGGGAGCAGGUUGGAAGUGAGGGGACCUUUCAGAGAGAUGAUGCUCCUGCAUCCGUGCACUCGGAAAUCAAUGACAGCAAUAAAGGCCGGAAGAUGUUGGAGAAGAUGGGUUGGAAGAAAGGAGAAGGGCUGGGGAAGGACGGUGGAGGAAUGAAGGCCCCAAUCCAACUUCGCCUCCGGCGCACCCACGCAGGCUUGGGCACGGGCCCGGCGUCGUCCAUCGAAGACGUCCAGCUCACCCAGAACAAGAACAAAAAGAAUUGGGACAAGGCGAGGGAGAGGUUUGCAGAGAACUUUUCCAACCCGAAGCCACAGAAAGAUGCAUCAGGGGCCCUGCCAUGGGUGAAGGGGAUGGCCGAGUGAGGGUCACGGGGUCAGUCCCACGACAGAGACGUUCAAAAGCUUUUAAGUGUUUGGGAAGUCGGGGGGGUGGUGGGGGGGGAGAGCGGGAGAGGUAUUGUUUUGUCUUUUUUGUACUUUCGCCGAGAUGCCUGCAAGGGAAUUAAGUCACGGCGACUCCCUCAGGACUCCGGCUUGGGUGAAGAAAUUUGGUUCCUUAUUUGGCCUUACCAGUUACGUUGGUCAGAUCCACAGUUCUAAAGCAAAUCACUAAGUUGCCAUAGAUUAUGUUGUGUGGACUAAAACCUCUGGCGUGAACUCAAGAUGGGUGAAUUGAACCCACAUCCGACGAGGGAAUCUCCUCCCCGUUAAAUAGACCAGCUAAAUGGAAAAAUGACUUUGGCUCUUAAGUCACUUUGCCAGGGAAGCAAAUGCCAUACUCUGGAUUAAUGGUUUUGAAAGCUGGAUCCUUGCCUUUGCCUCAGUGGAUCCCCCAGUGUUGUCAAAACGCCUGGCAAAAAGCAGGGUCACCUGUAAAGUACAUGAAUAUUAGUUCUGAUCUCCUGCUUACUUGCCCUGCCAGAAACUGGGCCCUUGGUGUGAUGAUACGAUGGGGAGCUGAAGUGGCGUGAAUUUCCUGCCCUUGCGGUAAAUCGCAUUAUUGAAGAAAUAAUGGACAGGUGACAGUUGGCAAACAAUUAAGUCUUUUCCUGUUUUCUUCUGUGAAGAAUCGGUUGAUUUGUACAGAAUGUUAACCAUUUGCAUUUGGUAUAUUUGGAGACUGUUAUGGUGUCCAGAUGUCAAAGCUGAGUAUUGAAAUAUGGAGAGGUCCUGGCCCUUGUUUUGAUCCCCCUUGUUUUGAUCCAUCCAUUGCUGGCAAUGGAGUUUGGGCUGGGAAAAAUCGUAUUUCCAGGGUAAGGCCUAAAGCUCAAGAUAUUUAUUGAACGCGUCCUUUAACUCAAUAAAAAAAAAAAAAAUGUGGUCAUAGU